UCCAAUAACUGGGGAAGAUAAACAGCGCAUCUACUAUCCAUGGAGAUUCUAAGUAAUAAUCAAACUCCAAGGGAAAAAAAAUCCUCCACCAAAUUCUCAAACGUAAACUAUCAGACCUUUGGAAGCCUACAGAGGCAUUUCCUCUAAUUGACCUUGGCGAGGACUACUAUACAGUGAAGUUCAACAAAGAGAAAAAUAUGGUAAAUGCAUUACAAUGGUCUCUGGUUCAUCUUUGGAUAGUUCUUAUCGGUGCAACGCUGGGAACCUAACUUUGUACCUUCAAAAUCCAAACAAACACUUACUGCAAUUUGGAUACGCCUACCACAAUUUCCCACAGAGUUUUAUGAUGAGAAAAUUCUAAAAAAAAAAGUGGGCAACACAAUUGGAAGGCUACUCAAGGUCUGCACAUCAACAGCUUUACGUGGGCGUUAUGCCAGAAUUUGUGUAGAAUUACCUUUGAACAAACAGGUUAAAUCCAAUGUGUGGAUUGGUUCCCACAAACAGCAAAUCCUAUACGAGUGUGACAAACUUCUAUGCCUAAUCUGUGGACACUUGGGUCACUCUACUGGACAAUGCACAACAAUGAAGCAGCAACCAACAAUUUCAAUAACAAAAGAAAAAGAAAAAGAAGAAGAAAAAGGGCAAAUCAGCUACAUGCAGGAGCAACAACCCAGGACUAAGGAGGAGUGGAAGACAGUCACCUUCCACAAAGGAAAGAAAAAGCUCACGAUGAAUGAAAGCAAAGAAUCUCCGUCAAGGGCAGGUAUAAAUGUCAAUAUCUUCGAUGCUACUACAGGCACUUCAAGAAGGGCUACAACUGGCACACAGGUUCAAUAUAUUUUCGUUGGAGACAGAAAUAGAAUCAACAGAGGUGAUAAACGCUAUUAGCAACGGACAUGUCAUACUAGCUAAUCUGAUUCACUCUUGCAAGUCAUUAAUGCGCCAGGAGAAAGGCUUUCUACUUCGACAUAACUUUAGGCAAGGAAAUGCAAUUGCGGAUGCUCUAGCAAAGGAAGCAAAAAAUCAAGAAAACAAACAAUAUUUGCCGGGGAAAACAAAACUAUUUGUUGUACCGCCUUUUUUUGUGGAACGAAUGCUUACCAAGGAUAUGAGCGGGGAAUGCAAAUCUUCAAAAUAACUACCUAUUUCUAUUUGUAAUAUGCUUAGAACCCUAGGAAACCAAAACAUUGCAAGUGAUAAUAGCUUUUUGCAUGCAGGGUUAUCCUACCCCAAUGAAACUUCAAGUGGCACUAUGAUAUGUAAUAUGUUAAACGCUGCUUAGUAAGCAAUAUAUAAUCUUAUUACUACUCAAAAAAAGAGUAGUGUAGUUAACAAAUA